GAAGUGGUUCGAGCACACUGGGCUUGAAGAUGUCGCUCCCUGCUGCGAUGCACCAGCAGCAGCUGUCAGGAAAGUGCUAGCUAAGCAGCUAGAUACCAGUAACAUCUGACAAUGCGAUGGGUAACUGCUGGGCUUACUGUGUUGGGCUUUUCAGGAGAGAAGCCAACAGGAUCCAGAGAGGAGGCGGGUCAAAAUACUUCCGCAGCAGUACAACAGGGGAGCAUUAUACGAUAGAGUUUGAAAACCUGGUAGAAAGUGAUGAGGCUGAGAGUCCACAGCCCUGCCCAAAGCCUAUCAGCGAAGAUGAGAUAAACCACCUGAAAGAGCAUCGCUACGCUGCUAUCUCCGACAAACAAGUCAUGAUAGACCAAAAACUACAAGCUGAGUUAGAGGCACAAGAGGAGAAGUUGAGGCUAGAAGAGGAGGCUAGAAAUGCCGCCCAGCGUGAGGCCGCCAGGCUGGCACGAGAGCGAAAAUUAAAGGAGCAGUCUGUCCAGAGGACCCGGGGGAAAGCCGACGGCUCCAGCAGUGAAACCCAGCAACGAAAACAAACCUCCGGGGAGGAUUUUGAUGUCUACCUCCAGAAUGUUAAAGCUCAGUCUGAAGCUUUCAGGAGCAACAGACUUCCCUCUGACACAAACGCUGUGACACCCAACACGGAGUACAGCUGGGAUUUCACCACCAAGACCCGCUCCACCAAUGAUGAUGGGACCUCGCUGGAUCUGGAGUGGGAGGAUGAGGAAGGAAUCAAUCGUGCGCUGCCAGUCUGGGAGCGGUCUCGGACGGAGGAGGACAUCCUGCGCGCAGCUCUGAGGCCCGGCUCGAAGCCGACGACCAGCGGGCCGACCUCGGCCUCAGAGGACUCCAGCGCUCUGGAGUGGGAGAACGAUUUUGUGAGUACUCACCCAGAGGACAGCGCAGACGCCGAGUUCGAAGGGUUCGUCAAUCCCGUCCUAGACACUCCCUCCGAGGACACCUCGGACUGUGGCCUCAGGUCGGACAACCAGGACAGAUAGUGUCCGGAACCAAAGGAGACGUUUGUCGGGCCCCCUUCAUGACAAAACCCACCAGCUUCUUGCCUCAUGAAACAGAAAUGUACCUUCAUGCUGUCGGUUUUCUGUAAAGAAACUGUGGUGCUGCUGGAAGAUGUGGAUCUCCUCACCAUGGUACGGUUCUGUCAAACUCAUCAUUUCAGUGCCUUCAUUUGCUACAUCAGCCAACCAUUUUAUGCAUCGUAAUGAGCGGGUUACAUCCAUCUCCAUCUUACACGUUCUCCAGUAAGUGCUUCUUUUCAGUAAACAGUGCCCAAGUGGUCGUACCAAAACCAGAAUGUCGCCUGCCUGGAUGCUUAGAGCCCAUUAUUCUCACGCAUGGAACAGGUUUCACUGCUUACUGAGGGAGGAAGUAUCCUUUUUAAAUCCCAGUGCCUGGGGACCAAAUACGGUUCCAAGCUUAGCGCUGCACUCAGUGGCAGUGUGUGAAUGUCCCAGCUUAACUUUUGUUAGGAUGGGAUGAAACCAACAGAAGCACAAAAAUACAUUUACACAGGAAAUCUGCGUCAUUUAAGUCCCUCCUAUGACUGAUUCAAGUGUGUGAUAGCAAAGAAAAAGAGGAACUGAAUCCCAAUCAAGAGCAAAAAAAUCUAUUAAACUAUUUAGCCAAAUUAUUAAUGUAAUAAAUUCACCCGCUUUUUUAAGUUUUGGUUGUUUCCUCACUUCUUCUGGGGCAGUUGAAUUUCAUCACUGGUUUUCAAACUGACAGGUUACACAACAUUAUCAGUCAUAAAAAGAUGGAAGUUAUAAACCUGUUUUAACACAUUGGGACAAAGAACAAUUGAUCUUCUUUGAUGUUGUGCCUGUAGAUAACGGUGAUGUUGACAGACCACUGCAGAGUAAAAAAAGAUAAAGAAUUAAUAAAAACUUUAUAUUUGUGAACAAUUAUGAGCAGCUGGUUUAAGCUCUCAAAUGUUUUCUAUAGCUUUCUAUAAGAAGCUGAGACAUGACUUACAUUUAGUGUUUCAGAAUACACCCAAAUUUUACUGAAGUUGUGGAAUUAGUAGGAUCUUUUUUUACUCUCCCUUUUCCCUCUUUUUUAAAAUAGAUUUUUCUAUUUUUUGAUUUUUUGGUGGGGGUUGGGGGUUCUUUCUUGGGGACAAGAUCAUGUUAUGAUUUUAUUUCAGCUGUACUGUGCUGACAGGAUUAACAGGCAACUUCUGCUACUUAACAAGGCAAGCGCAACAUAUAAAUAUUAGCAUAUGCACUGACUAAAAAGAUGCAAUUAUUUGAUCAAAUCAGAGGUUUUACCACAUUUUCCUCCUGAAAUCUGCCUUGAAAUCCUGCCCCCUGCUGGGAUCAGGAUAAUCCUGUUUUCUUGGAUCAAAGUCAUCCAGAACCUAUUUAGAAGUUGUGAACAACACAACCUGAAGGCAGGUCACAACUAGCAUUGGUUACAUAAUCCAAUCCGAUUUCAGAAUCCUUCUUUCUGUUUUUGAAUGACCAUUUUCAAGAUUUGAUCCAGUCCGAUAACCGAAAUCUGAUCAGAUUACAUUCGAACAACCGGCCCCAUGAGAGAAAUCUGUUGUCGCAAAGUUACAGUUUUUAUGUCAUUCAUUAGAGUUCAUCACCUUUAAUGGGCACAGUCUCAAAGAUGAUCAAAUAUCUUAAGUUACAUUUAUUUCUUUAGCAGAUUAUUUUAUCCAAAGUGACUCAGUAAAGAGCAGGAAAAUAAAUGUGUGUUAACAGCCAGCGUUAGGAAGUGAAAGAAGAAAAACUAAUUCCGUGGGAUGUUUUUCUCAUUUUUCCUUCCUGUAUUUCAUUUAGUUGCUUGUUUAGUGGCAGCAGUGGGAAUUGAUUUCCAAACCGCGUGCUAGCCAGCUACACUCUCAAAUAAAACAGUUUUCAUUCACAGAUAAAAAAAAAAAACAUCCUCACUCUUGUUUUGUUUCCUCGUGAUAAUAAAAGAUGCAUUUUUCUUAA